AUGUCGCAUCUCAAAAAGUUAUCCGAUAGACUCGCCGAGAAGCUUGCACCAAGUGUACAAGAUAUAUUGGUCUGCAGAAAAAGCAAUAAAAGCGAUCCUCUUCAAAACAAAAGCUUCAAGGUGAACGCUUUAUCCAAAAAAAUCACAAACUUUUAUAUCCCAAGUUUGUGCAUGACAGCUGCUCAUCAUGGGCUUGCCUCCUUGUCAGCUGUCCAAAUAGGCUACCCCUAUGCAUUUUUUGCAGUUCUUAAGGUUUUAGUUGACGACAAAUGGAAUGGCUAUAUCGCAACCCCUGAUGAUUACAAAAUUUAUUUCAAUCCAGCCUAUUCAGGAAAGUUUGAAAAAAAAUUAUACGGAGAAGAAUGCAUGAGCUGCCCCAAUAUCAUCGCAGAAGUAUACAGAACAAAUAAAAUCGAUGUUGAAUACACAAAUAUCUCGUGAGAGACAGUGACUGAAAGAUUGUAUGGAUUUGAGGCCAGAGUUUUUCAGCACGAAUGUGACCACCUUAUAGGCGAACUAAUUACGAAUUUGUCAAGGUCUGAAGGAAGGUGAAAAGAAAAGCAAGAGUUCAAAAAGACAGAAAUGGGGAAAGUCAUAGAAGAAUACAAUAGUAAGAUGGAAGCUGAUAAAAAAAUAUUCGCACAAAUGUAUAAAGAAAAUCCUGAAUUUAAGAAAAAGUUUGAUGCUGCAGAGGAUAAAGAGAAGCUAAUUCAUGAAAUUGUUGUUACAAAAGAGUUGCAAGAAGAAAUAGUAGAAAAACUUAAGAAUGCUCAGAAUCUUGAUCUAAAAAACUACACAAAAAAUAAAAAAUAA